UAGGUAAUUUUAUCCAUGCUUUUGUCUCGCAUUCCAAAGGAUCUGCCAUUACAAAAGCAGCAAUAUUGAUCAUUCCCACUUCUAAAUGUAGGACUGGCAUAUUCCAUUUUGCACCUGCUUGUAACUUCCGUGGAUGGGUCCCAAUCUGAUAUCAGGUGCUUAUACAGUUUAGACCUUGUUGGUUUGUAUGGUCUCAUAAUCUCCAGUGGUAGUGGAACAACUCUGUUAGUAAGAAGUGUUCUUACAGUCAAGCUUCUACCAUUUAUCAGGCCUUACAGGGGACUGCUUCCACUACAGUGGUCAAGUCAAGUUUGUAGGAAGGCAGUAGGAAUCAUGUUGACUAAUGUAGAACAGCUGGUGCUAAAUGUAGAUUCCAAGGAUGUGCUAGAAAGAAAACUUGAAGAUUCACCCUCAGCUUCUGUUUCCAAUUCACCAACACAGAAUAGCAGACCAAGCAGCAUGGUUGUAAAGAAGGCACACACCAUAAUUCCAGCUCAUUUGGUAGCCGAAGCCAUAUCAACGAUCCGUGGCCUUGACCUGAGAUGGUCCGGACCAAUAACACUCAGUGAAAUGCAAUAUGUGAGGCAGUAUGUUCUUGCAAAGUAUCCUCAAUAUUGCAAUGGUAUUGUGGCAGAUGGAGAUAGCACAUUUAAUCUUACCAAUCUCUGCAUCGAUGAGGAAUCGUCUAAAACCACACCAGACAGCAAGCGCGGUCUCCCCAAGAGUUUUGGCGCUAGAGAGUCCACUCCUAAAUUCACUCGCAGCCUAUCUGAUCUUGACAAAACACAACUGGAGCCUUCAAGACUAGUAGAUAUUCUUAACAAGAAAACUUCUUUUCAAGGCAACUUCAUCUCAAUCCCAGAAAUUCAAGUGCAAAAUAGAGCCCUGAAACAUUGUGGCCUAAGCGAAGCUGAUUACUUGGUCAUUUUCAUGCCCAACUACAGGGAUGCUAUGGUGAUAAUUGGAGAGAGCUACCCUUUCUUCAGAGGUAAUUACUACAUGACAAUAAUCGAGGAAGAAAAUGACAUGAUACGUGAAUUUGCUACUAGUAAAGAAUCAAAGGUUAUUCCAAUGCCAGAAACUUGGUUGGACCUAAGGAUUAAAGGAUCACAACUUAGCCAAUACUUUAGGAGGAAAUGCAAGCACAUCCCAAAGGGCCUUUUCUCUUAUCCUGCUAUUGUCAAUGAGACCAGAUAUUCUAUGCAUUGGAUAUCCGAGGCCCACAGAAAUUCAUGGCAUGUUCUCCUCGACGCCACAGGCUUGGUUUCCGGUGAGGAGAGAUUGGCCCUUGCACUCCACCGGCCCGACUUCGUGUUAUGUACACUUGAUAAUACACAUGCCCAGCCAUCAAAAAUCACCUGCCUCUUGGUUAGAAAAUUAUCAUUUGAUACUUCUACAUCCUUGGACUAGGUUCUUCAGGAUUGUCAACAAGUAAUAUGAUGAUGUAAAUAAGGGGGGCCAUUUUUGUGGUAUAUGAUCCUCACUCCUGUAUUUUCUCUUUCUCAAAAGAAAUUAAAACAUGCAUUUGCUUAGUCAA